AAAAAUACAUGUCGACAGAGGAAAGAAAUUACUAUUGGUGCUUUGUGAUCCUUUUACUGGAAACUGGCAGCGUUAGAAUUGUUGUGGGAAAAAGUACGGCGUUCGAGUGCAAGUGCAAGGUGUGAACGUAUUUCCCCGCAAGACCGAAACAAAGAUGAUUGGGACGGAUUAACGUGUUGGCCCGCGGUACGCGGUGGCACUGUGUGGAAGCUCGUCUGUGGGUCGGCCGAGCCAAGCGAAGUGAAAAAUUAACUGGCUAAAUGUGUAACAGAAUCGAUAAAGCAAUCGGGUAGUUUACAAAAAAGCAAUGCAGAACGGACCGGAGAAGAACGGCAGCAUCGGAGACGGGCAGCAAACUCUGCCAUACGAUUGGCAAAUGUGUUAGAAAAUUAAUGCUCCACAGAGGCUAAAGGCUAUUUUUGCUCACUCCGUACGACUCCUUUUGGCAAGCGGUAACCAGAACGCGUGUAAAUUGUAAUAACCAUUCUGCAAAGCAACAUGAAUGAGAAGAAGAAUAAGUUGAAAAGUAGCGCUUGUAAAGCAAACGACAAUCCGCUAAAUUGUCCGCUAGAGAAGGCGGACGCGUCGGAAACGUAUCUGCUGAAGAUAAAAACAUGGAGCCCGGGCAAGCGGUCGCAGUGCUUCGUCACACUUUACCGCCACAGUAAAAGCAAUAUUUCCACGAUGCAACGCAAUUCCAACUCGCUUCGAACGCGCCUAUCGUGCUCGCAUAACUCCCUGACUGAUUCCAUAAAAAAUAAAGCAGACGAUUCGGUGUUCAUCACGCAAGCGAUGUCACACGAUGCAUUAGACGACAACAAAAUUCUUGAUUUCUAUAAUGUUCCUAUCGAUUCUGACAUCUAUACCACGCCAAUUGAUUUAAUAAGGAAUACCUACAACGCGGAAACGUCUUUUUAUCGCAACCGGAACGAAGCAUCACAGAGAAACAGUUGGAACAAUUUGUUAAACUACAGUGAACAGAUCAGCUCUAUUAAUGAGCGUAAAAACAACAAACCCCACAUUAUACUUGACAGAAAAUCAACCAAGGUGGUUGACAAACACACCAACAGUGAUAAAGCGGACAGCAAGCGCAACUCCAUCUCGCACGAGAUACGCGCUCAGUGCAAAAAGUCAAACUUUUCCGUAAAUCUUAAGCAAAAGUUUUGUAACAUUUUUCGAGUAAGCCGACAGCAGCACCACAAACCGUUCUUGGGCAACAAGCGCUCGAUCGUCGCCAGCAGAGCGAAAGAUAAUGCUGUGUGCGUCAAAGACAAAAAUGAAAGCGCGAUCGGUAAGAAAUUAAACACUCCACGGAAGCUGCCGCCGCUUCCUGCCAAUGAAUCUGAUUUAAGGUACCUAAUGGGUGAUACUAGCGACCAGAAGAAGAAAUCAAAUGAAAGGAAAUCGUCGAUGGACUUUACUGCAAGUAUAGAAAAAGUUCAAGAGUUCGGUUGGUACUGGGGUCCAAUAACGUCUGAAGGAGCGGAAAAAAUACUAUCGAACGAACCGGAUGGUAGCUUUUUAGUUAGAGACAGCUCCGACGACCAUUACAUAUUUUCUCUAACAUUCAAACUAAAUGGAACGGUGCGACACGUUCGAAUAGAUCAAUAUCAAGGAUCGUUUUCAUUCGGGUCCUGCGCUAAGUUUAAGUCUCGUACGAUAAUGGAAUUUAUAGAGAAUGCCGUGGAACAUUCAAGAAGCGGAAGAUAUUUGUUCUUUCUCCAUAGACGUCCGGAAUAUGGCCCCAUGCGUGUUCAAUUAACAAAACCAGUUUCGCGUUUCAAACAUGUGCAAAGCCUGCAACACAUAUGCAGAUUUGUCAUCCAUAAAACAAUCAAGCGAAAAGAUCUUAUUCAAGCUCUUCCCCUACCGAGAAGAGUUUUGGACUACUUGUGUUACAAAAACUGUCUUUCGGAGCGUACUGAAGUGGAUUUGCUAAGCAGCCUCGAAAAACCAAAUAUUGUACUCCGUUAGAAGUGAAGCGAAUGCACAUUUUUUCGGAUAGUGGAUGUAUAACAUAAUAUCGAAAAAAAAACAAAACAAAAAAAACUGAAACAUAUAUAACCUACCCUCGUAAAACUAAA